UGCGCCCGCCGUACGUCAUCACCGGUGAUAGAAAAGAGCCCACAAGCUGUGCCCAGCUCCGAAUUCUUGGGACGCCUUAUAUCAAACAAAAAGUAGCUCCUUCUUCCCCAUCUUCCUCCUGCAUACCAUCGCUUUUUCUUCUCCCCUGCCCUCUUCUCUUGCUCUCUUGAUCUUUGCGACAAAAUCACCAACACCCCUCCGCAGUGAAACUCACCCUCACAAUGAAUUUGAUCCUCCCGCUACGCAUCGUCCAGACGAUCCUGUCGAUCAUCGUCCUCGGACUCGCCGGAUACUGCGUUGACGCUGUGGCCGGGAGCUAUUCCGAGGCUGCGUUUCUCGUCUUUGUCUGUAUCUGGACAUGGGUGGUCCUCCUCUACAUGAUCCUGACGCCCAUGUACUUCCCGGACAUGCACAACCGGUGGGUCGUGGUCGGUCUGGAGUCGGUGACGAUGAUCUUCUGGUUCGCGGGCUUCGUCGCGAUCGCAGACAGCACGAAGGCCAGCCGCUUCAUGUGCUUCGGCGACGGCUGCCGCGCCCUGCGAUGCGCCAAAGCCGCCGCCGUGUUCGGCGCAUUCUCAUGGGUCGCCUGGGCGGCGACCAUGGGCCUCAUCAUCGACGCGCUGAUCAAGUACCGCAAGGGCGGGCACGCCAGCGAUCCAGACGCAGGUAAUUAUUACUCCAGCGACACCUCGAAGUCGCAUUCGCGAUCGCGGUCGCGGUCGCACUCGCGAUCGCGGGCCAGGUCCCGCUCUCGCAAGCCGCGCAAAGCUCGCCGCAAAUCUUCGCGCUCCACCUCUGCUUCCCCCUCCCCCCCCUCGUCGGAAAUGAUGAUGCCCCCGCCCCCUGCGCAUACAAACCCGUUUAAUGAACAGCACGUUGAAAUGCCACAGACGCAGCAGCAAAAGCAUAAUCCGGCCGCCGCCGCCGCCGGCCCGCAACCCCCAAAGGCCGUGUAUGGACAUCCGCCGCCCGCUAGGAGUGGCGUUCCCACGCCCGAGCCGGGCGAUUUUGGAGGCGUGGAAUAGUUGUCAUGGUUUACUUGUCCGUCCGUAGAUAAGUCCUGCAAUUUGCAACGUUCGAGCGUGAUAUGAGAUACGAAGAUAUGACACUGCUUUUACUAUUUACUAUUUUGGCAGCUGGCAGAAGUUGGGAUUGGUGGGAUACGGGGGAGUAUUGUUUUCGUUGGA